GAUAGGAUGUGCAAUCGGAGACCCCUGGGGUGGUUGAAGAGUGUCAGGUCGGUCGCCAGACCAAAUAGUAAAAGCUCAGGGGCUGAGAAUAGAAAAGGCCUAUCUCCAAAUUAUUAAGUAUAAAUGUUGUCAUGUAAUAGUUAAAGACUUGAUUACACCCAGGUUUUUAAACCCAUCAUGAUCAUGAAGACACUGAGCGGAAGAGAUAAGACCAUGACUUUCAACUCACCGCGAGUGCUGUCAUGCAGUUGAUAAAGUGCCUAUACACUCGUCGGAGCCAUCCUGAGCUUGCUGUGCGCAGAGUACUGAGGAAUUUUGCCGCACCAGCACAAAUCGUGCCAAGGAAGGAUUGCGUAGUUCACUGAAAUGGUGCACGUGGAACCUGUCGGACAGCCAACAACUCUUGGAGAAGGACCUCACUGGGAUGAGAAAGAGCAGGUGUUGUACUUCGUGGACAUUGUGAAAGGAACUGUGAACAAGUACGAUCCAACCACCAAGCGCCAGACGUCAGUUAAAGUGGAUGGAGGUCACGCGUCUUUGGUGGUGCCAGUGGAAGGAAGGCGAGAUCAGUUCGUGAUCACCAUGGGUCGCAGCCUCGCUGUCAUGACGUGGGAUGGAGAGAGCAGCACGCCGACCAAAGUGGACACGCUCUGCACAUUACACGGGGCCGACGAUGAACGAGAGAACAAGUUCAACGACGGCAAGGUGGAUCCCACCGGCCGCUUCUGGGCAGGCACACAUGGAAAAUUCUCGGAAUUGAAGAACUUGGAGACAGAUGGUGUCAAGGGUUCUCUGUUCUCCUUCUCGAAGGAUUGGAAGCCAUCCACUCGUCUGACAGACAUCUCUGUCUCAAAUGGCCUGGCCUGGUCGCCCGACCUGAAGACUAUGUACUACAUAGAUACGCUCACCCGAGGCGUGGAUGCAUUCGAUUUCAACUCGCAGACAGGAGACAUGAGUCAUCGCCGUGUUGUGUUUGACUUCAGAAAGAACAACAUGGUUGACAGUUAUCCCGACGGAAUGACGAUUGACACAGAGGGAAAGCUAUGGGUAGCCUGCUUCAAUUCUGGCCAGGUUAUUCGCGUGGACCCUAAUUCAGGUGAGCUACUGAGCACUGUCAGUGUGCCGUCGCCCCAGAUCACGUCAGUCACAUUCGGAGGUCCUAACUUGGACGAGCUGUACAUAACCAGCGGUAACUUUAAUCUGACUGAAGACGUGCUUGGAAAGUAUCCCCAUGCAGGGUACACUUUCCGCGUGACUGGAGUGGGAGCGAAAGGUUAUCCUGGGAGAAAUGUGCAACUUGCAUGAAGAAAAAUAACAGUUUUAGUGCUUUAAUAAAUCCUUAUGUGGGCAUUAUACGGCACUGCUGUAUAAGUAGAACAAAAAUGUGCUAUAUUUUAUGUUAGUUUUAUCUUUGAAAUAUUAAUUUUACGAAGUUUUUAUCUCUAUUUUUUAUACUGUGUGUCUUAUUUUUAUAUGUUUAUUUAGUAAAUAAUUAGAGUUUUAUUUCAUUAACACUGUGCAGUUAUUUUCUCUGAAGUGGUCACUCAUUACUCAAGGUGAUGAAGUUUUCCUAAUAUAUACACAUAAAAACGAUAUGCUAAUUCAAAAAGCCAUCAAACAAUCAUCUCUUACUACAGGCUCAAGACUAUAAGCAUUAUUUACUACCGUAUAGCUUCUGUUUCCGGAGACUUGAAACAUCCUAACGCAUUAUCUUACUUUGGUUUGCUGCACAAUAUCUGCAGGCGACACUGUUGUGUUUAUUCUUACUCCCUCCUUGCCUUUUCCAGCGACCGGCGGAACUUAAACGUUCUCGCAGCAAGUUUCCAGGUCGGGGCUUCGUGUCCCAGAGUUUGCCUGGGAAGUACAUUGUCUCCUCUGCAAAGUUGUGCCAGCAUUCGCCUUCCCUCGCGAGCAGGGUGGAGCUGACGUGCAUUUCCAGCAGUUCGUUGUCUUUCCGCCGCGAAACACGGUCGGGGUUGCGCUCACUUAGAAGGAAGCGUAGGGCCAAAAGUGAUGCUUACCAACACUAAACUGUAAUUGUUGAAGUUAUACUUCUUUAUACGCACUAUGAAAAAAAAUUAUGAGAGUGAAUUUUUACGAUACGUGAAAUUUUCAAAGGGUGAAAAUAAGGCUACGUACAAAUAAAAAAUGCAUAUGUGCUUUCAAAUCUUAUACUUUAGUGAUUGAUAUUGAAUAAAGCUCCAUAUCAUUAAAAACAUAAAUAUUGUGUAUUAUAAUGAUAGAAAUUGUGUUUAUAAACAUUUUCAAGUAUAUUAUCAAGUAUAUUUGUAUGAGGAAGGUUAUGUUAUUUGCAUUGUAAUGUGACAUUAAAUACAUUUCAAAAAAUAAUACAAGAA